UAAAAAUUUUCAGCCAAUCCACCUUAUUCAUCCAUCCACCCAGUCCUGUAAAUGUUGGCAUUUUAUCUGUUUUCACAGUUAGAUUAUUAGUUUGUGGUAUUUGUUGACGUUAGUGUUCAAUUACCAACAGUAGUUCUGGUAGACACUAGAACGCUAUUAACGUUUAAAUCAUUAGAAAGAUCUACUAAACACUUUUAGCAAAUAGCAAGGACUAAAGGAUGGCACGUGGACAGCAGAAAAUUCAGUCACAAGCCAAGGCUGCUGAAAAGCAGUCUAAACUGAAAAAACAGCAGGGACACAGUGCUACUGAUCAGAAGAAAGCUGCACAAAAAGCACUUGUGCAUGUUUGUGUUGUAUGCAAGGCCCAGAUGCCUGACCCUAAGACCUACAAACAGCAUUUUGAGAACAAGCAUCCGAAGAAUGACUUACCAGAAGAUUUGAAAUCUGUCUAACAUUUAAUCAUGCUGUAGACCAUUUAUUAAUUUUAACUUUAAGAAUUGUAAAAAUAUCUUCUUGUUAUUGAAACAGCAUUUGUUUAUUUCAUUACGUAUAAUGCGAUGUUUUUUUAUUGACAAAAUGAAAUGAGCACUUGAACUCGCAUGUUUUUUGUGCAAGUGAUGUCAUCAGCAAGCCUUAGUUGCUGCUGCUGCCUGCGUCAUACGUGACAUGUGAAAUCAAGGCGCGUAACUACUACUCAGUACUAUUUCAUUUCCUUUUUUUUGAUGUGAUUGUUCUUAACAUAUAAAUAAUAUAAAGUGAUAUCUGUUCUUCUUGUCUAUUUAUCAAUACAAAUUGAACAGAUGCUGAA